CAUAGUUUUUUGUUCUAUGCUUUAAGAGUGAUGUUUGUUAUUGUUUGUAUUGUUUAUGUAAUUUAUUAAAAAUAGUGAAUUAUUAGAAAAGUGAGACAAUAGAAUGAUUUAUUGAAACAUUGAAAGUUUCAUGUAACGUUGGAGCAGACGAAAAUUUCACAAUAACGCACUUUUCUUGUAAUAAAAUAAAUAUGAAUAAAUAUUGAGGUUAUGUUAUUGUUUUUGUAUAUUAUUUAAUAAACAAUGGGCAUAUUAAGUUUGAAGAAGAAAGGUCCAAGACCGCAUUCAAGAAAAAACAUUUUUGUUAAGAAGCGUAGAGAAAAGAAGAGAAAGAAAGAAGAAGAAGAGAAAUUGAAAAAACAAAAUUCAUUUGUUAUAAAAAAUGAGGCAUUAGAUGAAGACUAUUCGAUAUUUAUGACAGCUAUUAAAUCUGAACAAUGUUUAAAUUUAAAUAGUGAUUCAUUAAUAUUCGAUUUUCCCGAAUUUACGUUUGUUGAUGUUAAACAAAAAUCGGAAGAAUAUAAAAAAAUUAAUGACAUUCAUAUUAAGGAGGAAAUUGAAAUUAAAACUGAAUUGUCUGACACUGACAAUUUUUACGAUGAAAUUAUUGAAGAGACUAUUGAAAUUCCUGUAAUAGUGGAUUCAAAAAAUUCUUCUUUCUUCGAAUAAUUAUUCAGAAUGAAAAUGUAUUGAGAUAUGAAGAAAUUGAUUAAUCAGAUGUCGAAGAAGCACGACGAAAAGAAAAAAUACCGCUGCACGGUAAUAUCGGAAGAUGUGAUGCUUCGAAUUGCAGAAAAGGGCUGAAGCGAGGGUCAGAGAUUUUCUGUAAUAAUUUUUAUUUUUAUAAAUUAUGUUAAAUUUGUACAGCGUUUUGUAAAAAAAAAUAAAUUAUAUUUUAUACUAGUAAUAUAUAAUUCUAUCAUUCCUUUAAUUAAUAAAUAUUAUAAUUAAUUAUCUAUUAAAAGUAGUUAAUUAAGAAAUAAAUUUACAAUUAAAAAUUAAUGUAAUUAAUUACCUGAUAACUUAUCAAAACUUGUUAAUUAAUAAUUACUAAUUAGUGGGCAUAUUACAGUAUUUUUAAAAAAAUAUUUUUUACAAAGCUUUGCAAAUCUUAUUUAGAGGUAGGAUUUGAAAAAAUAAUUUAAGAAAACAAAAAUUAUGUUUCGUUCUGCAUGAGAUGGAAUGACAGAAUUACAAAUUCAAUGUUCACAUGACAAUUUUUUUUAUCGUAGAAAACAACGGUUCUUGUAAUGUAGAAAGGUAUAAGUGUGUUAUAAACGAAUCAAAUACUCCUAUGUAAAUGUAAUAGUUUGAAUGACUAAAGCUUCAGUUGUCCCGAGUACUUUGAAGAGUGAAGAUGGUUAGAAAUUUGUUAAUAAUAAGAAAAUUAUCAAGAAGCAGUUUCUAACUGUAAAGACGUGGACAUAACUGUGUGAGCGAUCCAGAUAACGACAGGACAUCGAAUCCUGCGAGGAUUCGUUCCGCUAUCGUGAUAACCAGUCAGACUACAAUCAUGUCUUUCACAUUGCAUACAAUAUUGCACAUGAUUGUGCUAUCAAGGUUAACGAUGACCUUGACGUUGACGAUUGAAGCAAGAGGAUCCGGUGUUGGUAAAGCGUGGGAUGUUUCACCAUCGCUACAGCCUAAUUCUCAUCGACUUCCCUGGCCUCGUACGGAAACCUCUCCCUUGGAAAUUCGCACAAUCAGUGGAGUGGGACGAUUACCUCAACAAUUCAAGGACAAUUUUCCAAUUAAACAGGAAACAGAGGACACGGAUUUAAUGAAUCGACCGCUAAUGAAAGAUGACGAUGUUGAUGAAAUUAAUUUUGAAAGACAAGAACGGAAGCUUUCUCCCUAUCUUCGAAGAAUGGACAAUAUAAAACUCGAAGAACUUCUUUCCGAUGAGGAUAAAUUCGAAUACAGUGUAUUUACAGAAGCAGUGCCUCGUGUUCGUCGUGAUCUAGAACCAAAAAUGGAACAAAUAUCAGCGUCAAAAAGUGUUCGUGAAGCACGUCUUAAUUCACCAGAAUCAUGGUCAAAACAACCAAUUGCCAUUGAAUUUCGUCAUCGUACACCAUUACAUCAAGUAUUGCCUGAAAAUCAAGAGAUUCCUAUUUCAACAAGAAGAAGUCAUAUGCCACAAACCGAUUUUAUCACCAGUAAUCGAAGAUAUUUUGCCGAAAGUCGAGAAUCCCGUGAAAUGCCAGUUGCAAGAACCUAUGACGACUAUGAUGUACCAAUUUAUUCAAAUCAUGACAGAAACUAUGAUUCAUAUUCACAUGGCUAUUAUUAUCCAAAUCGUUAUAGAACCGAGAGAGACUAUCGAUAUCGUGGAGAAUCAAUGCCACCACCACAACAACCACCGUCACCAUACUACGAUCAAUAUCCAAUGAAUAAUUUUGAAUCCUACGAGAGAAAUAGAAUUCCCACAAAACAAAAAAGAAUUAUUUAUUAUGCAACAUUACCGGAAAUUGUGAGAAAACCCGAAAUUAACAACAAUUAUCCAAGACCCUAUGAUGGACCACCGAGAAUUCCACCGGGUUUAUCGGUUUCUCGAAAUUCAUUAGGUGGUCAAAAAUAUCAUCGAGAACAAAGUAUGCGACCUUUCUUUAGAUAUCCUUAUGAUAAUUAUGAUUUUGAUGGUUACAAGAGGCCAGCGUUUUAUGAUAGAAAUGAUCCAUAUCAUAAGGAUAGUGGACAUCGAAAUGAUCAUUAUAAUAAGGAAAAUGGACAUCGAACACCAUCUGAUCGAGAUUUAGUGCCAACACAUAAGGAAAAUUUAAGAAGAGAUGAUGAUUUGAAUAUUGGUCAAGAGAGAAAGACAAGGGACAAUCAGGAUCUACCAUGGCCCGUUCAAAUUGGAACUGAAGUUAAUGUUAAGGAACACGAGAGGAUACCGGGAAGAAAGAUUUUUGGACAGUCACAAAAUUUUGAUAGGUAUGAAAGUGCUCCACUGAAACAGGCUCCAAAUGAACCUGAUAAAAUUGUAGAACAUAGUUCUUAGAAUAAUUUUUGCCAAAUUAGGGGAACAUGGGACAGAAUAGGAAUAGUAACGUUCAAUGAAAUUUUUCCAAUUUAAAUUAGUACCAAAUUUGCCUAAAAUGAUAAAAUACACCCAUUCUGAUCUCCAAAAGAAUCUUUGUAAUGAAAUAAAUUUUGUUUAGUUACAGUUUAACAUUUUCUAACCUAUAAUAGCUCAGUUUGUUUGUAAAAGAAUACACUUCCGCAAGGUUAAAUUACUUUUUACAUUAAACUAAGAUUUACAAGGUUUACUUCGUUUUUAAAAUCAGCAAAACAUUUGAAUUAGGAUUCAAUCUGAACUGAAUGUGUGAAAUUUUUGUUGUGAGUUGUCAGAAUCAGCUGCUUUGAUCAAAAUUACACCACCUUAUUUUAUUAACACUGUAGACUGUAGCAAGAAGACUAGAACCAGGAGGGGAAACUCCGUUGUAAAGAUGCGGCGUGACAAACAAGCCACUAGAAGGCGUGGCUUAUCGUUCGUGCAUUGCUAUUCAGACGAAUUUCAGUGUUCUGCGCAUACUUUCUUGACACUGAUAUUUGAAAUGUAGCAGACGCUGUUUUUAAGUUUCUGUUUAUGCGGUUAUGGCAAAUGGUUUACCCAUAAAUUUUUUGAUGCGAUUAUAUUUAAUUAAUUAUAUGUAACUAGCAAAAUUAAACGCGCGCAAGCGCGCCAAAUUGAGUGUUUAAUUGUUUGUUAUAAAGAAAUUAAAGAUUAAUAUUAUCAAUAAUAA